UAAAAUACACGUGGUGGUGAAUCUAGCUAGCUCUGUUCUCAAUGGGUACUAGGCGACAUUUAGCCUUUCUCGAAGAAAAAAUGCCCUAUACUUGCGUUGUUUUCGGCUGUACGAAUCGUUCAAAAUGCAAAAAAGAUUAACGUUUCUUCAGAGUUCCUCGAGAAGUAAUCAAAAAUAAAGGAAGAGUGGAAGAUUUUACAAAAAACGACAACGAGAAAAGCAUGCAGCUCACACGUCCGUACAAGGGAGCAGAGUCGAAGAAAGCAUGAGUUUGCUGUGAUGACUUCGUAAAAGGUUCGGAUUGCGCUGCAGAUGGAGGAUGGCUCUCGUCUCCAGGGCUCUUUUUCUUGUGGACAGAGUCUUUGGGAACUGCUGACACAUUUUCCUCAGAUCAGUGUGUCCGAGCUGUCUGAGGCUGGCUCCAUCCCUGUGUGUGUUUACAUGAGAGAUGAGGUGUGUGGGGAAGAGGCCCUCAGGAAGGCCACUCUGAAGUCAUUUGGCCUGACAGGAGGAAGUGCAAUUGUCAGGUUUUUGUUCAAAAAGAACAAAGCCCCAGAAGAGGAAGGUUGCGUGGAUACGAAUCUCACCGCCACAGUGCCAACCCCCCCUGCUGUCAAUGAAUACCCGCCCAACUCAGCCAAUCAGCAUGCUCCAUCACAUUGUCAAAGCUCGGCAUCAGAUGAGAGCACUCAAAACUCCAACUCUCCUCUGCCAAAGGGAACUAUACCAAUUUCUGCCACCAGUAAACCUCCUGUUCAGCAAGAACUUGUGAAAAAAAUGCAGGAUGUAGUUCAACCAAAGGCUCCCAGUGGAGGAAGAGGAAUGCCAGAGAAUGAUGAGGAGGAAGCAGGACCGUCAGGGAUCAACUCCCAAUCACCGUCUUCCUCUUUUUCUCCUGCCACGCCAUUUAUUCCUUUUUCUGGAGGUGGUCAGCGUCUUGGCGGUCCUGGUGGAAUUUCAGUCAGACCCUCGUCUUCAUCACUGUCAGCCGUGACCCUUGCAACAGAAUCACCCAAAGCCAAGAAAGCCAAGCCUUCCCACAGUUCUGCCAUCAAGCAUCGACAUACUGCCAACAAGUCAGAGGAGGACAUUGAUGAAGCAGCAGAGUUUCUAGAACCGGUGGAGAGAGAGCCUCUUAUCUAUCACAUGGAAUCUGUGUCUGGUAACUCCAAAAACCACGUUGAUUUGCCAGACGACUUUUUUGAUGUGACAGUGGAUGAUGUACGCAGGCGCUUUGCCCAGCUGAAAAGUGAAAGGAAAUUGUUGGAGGAGGCACCUUUGGUGACUAAAAAUCUUCGAGAGACUCAGAUGAAGGAGAAGAUGGAAAGAUACCCCAAAGUGGUUCUGAGAGUCCAAUUUCCAGAUCGACAUGUUUUACAGGGCUUCUUCCGACCCUUGGAGACAGUUGGGGCUUUAAUGCAUUUUGUCAGGAGCCAUUUGGAGGAUCCACAGCUCCCAUUUUUCCUGUUCAUCACCCCACCGAAAAAAAAUCUGGAUGAUCCUGGUGUCACACUUUUCCAGUCCGACCUGUUUCCUGGUGCUCUGGUGUACCUCGGCUCUGACGUUAAGACAGAAUUCUACUUAAAGAAGGAAUUCCUCUGCGCUUCUGUCUCAGCUUUGCAAGCCAAUGAAUCUAUUGCAAGCUGCAUGCUUCAGUCACCAGAAACUUCCGCCAGCUACUUGGACACUGUAGAAGCACUGCCUGCUCAACCAACAGCUGACAACAACUUACCCUUGAAGGACCACCAAAGCCUGUCGGCAAACACCCCCCAGACUGCUAAACCUUCCAGAUGUGAAGGGGGAAAGGUGCCCAAGUGGCUCAAGCUUCCAGGUAAGAAAUAAGAGGAGCAACAUGUGUACACCAAUAUCCCCCAGUAUACACCAGUAUACACCAGUAAAGUGCUUUAAAAGUGGCUUUGUGACUGCUGCUUGAAUUCAGCAUGGAAGAUUCUUGGACUGUGAGGUAAAAAACUGUUGACUACAGAUUUCAUUUUCACAAAGAUUGUUUUUAAAGGAACUGCGUAAUUCAAUAAAAAAAUGCUGUAUAAAAUGUU